AUUAGCCUCCCUCUCUUCAGACUGUAUCAAUACGAGUGUCGGUGCAUGGCCAACUCUUCAGGAAAGACUUGUGAAUGGGGCGGUGACUGUCCCGAUGCUACGCACAAAGCGCUCUGCAACCACCAUGGACACUGCCAGUAUCACAGAGGCAAGAAUGUGUGUGUGUGUGAUGAAGAUUACUUUGGCCAGCACUGCGAGUAUCAUGAGUCUGCUGCCCCAGAAUAUAAAGGCAAAUGCAGUGAUUACUUGCAGUGUGAACACACUUGCCAUAUUGCUGGAAGAACUCUAAAGUGUCAGUGUCGUGCUGGCUACAAAUUGAUAAAUGAAACACAAUGUAUAGAAAUGGAUGAUUUGUGGGAUGUCACAGUGAAGGUUCAGAACUAUCAUCAGAAUAUUUCACUUAAGGAAAAGACUCAUCAGAUUCUUCAGGAAGUUGGGCUCAAAGAUCUGAACCUCAGUGUUCCACCCAACAGUUCUAAGGAGGAGAAAGUUCACUUUGCUGUGAAGAAUCGAACACUCGUCCCUGACAAGAGUGUAUGGAUAGAUGCCUUACAGUCCCCUGUCAACAUUUCAUAUCAGAAUGUUUUGUGGAUUGGUCCUGUGAAGAAAGAGAUAAGGCAGGCCAACCUUGUGCUCAUAUGUGAAAUAUAUGGCAAUCUACCACUCUUGAUUGAUUGGUAUAAAGAUCAGCAUCACAUAUAUACCUUCAAAGUCACCUCAGGCUUCAGCUCGGCUGUGAGGAAUGGCAUAUACACUGUCAAGUACUACCAAAAACUGAGUAUCAAGUACCACACUGUAGAACUCUGGGUGAAAGGUCACGACCCAUGUGUGGACUGGGGAAGCUAUACCUGUCAAGUUGCUAAUAAUGACCACCAGACUGUCAGCCGCACUGUUGUCUCAGAACUCACUCAGCCACUGCAAGUGGAAGUUUUACCAUAUGCUUCCAGAAUUGAGAAGAAUGGCAGUGCAAAUCUGAAUUGCAUUGUCAUGGCUGACUGGGACGGUGGCAGGCACUACAAAUUCUCCUGGUUCAUCACCGCACAUGAUCAUGUGGGCCAUUAUUUUUAUGAGAACACCAAUUGGAAUAGAUCAGAUAUCUACAUUUAUGGUAUAAAGGAAUCGGUGAAUGUGACGUGUUUAGUGACAGUAAAAGAAAACUUGUGCAGUCCAACCAUUAUCGAACAACGUUGGCAAACUGUUUUGGUGGAUGUUCUUAACCAGCAAGUCCCAUAUUGCCAGUCUACCACAUCUUAUUUGACAGUCUGGCAAGCCACACCUGCAGGACAAAGUGAUGAAACAAUAUGUCCUGAAGGGUUCCAGGGUAAGGCCAAACAGAAGUGUCAACGUUUGUCAAACCAGAAUCCCAUGUGGAGCACUCCAGAUUUUUCAAAUUGUAUAUACCUUCCACUGCUUGAUAUAUUACAGAAUCCAGAACUUAUUCUUCAAAAUAGAGGAUAUACAAUACCUUUACAAAAUGUCACAGGACUGACUGAACAGCUUUUGCAUCUGAUAAAAAACCGGGAUGCAAUGUUCUUGCCUGGAGAGCAUUUGGAAUUUUUGAGAGCACUUAACCAGCUGUUCAACCCAGUGAACAUGCCUAUCAGUCUUGAUGUAUUUCUGCCUGCCGUACAACAGAUUAUCAUGAAGAUGUGCACACCCACUAUAGCUGAUGUGUGGAAAUUGCUUAACUUGAUUAAAACGAAUAUAAUUAGCUUUCUUAAGCAACAUCCACCAGUGACAAUAUAUCAUGAGGGAGAUAUUAUGGCAAAGCUGGCAACACUGCAGCUUGAGAGCAACACCAGCUUCUCGAUCAACUCCCGUUCUCAUGACCAGUAUGUUGCAAGCUUGAAAGUGGAAGUUCCAACAAUGGAAAUGGAUAUGCAGGAGAUAGGUGUGGGAGCAGUAAUGUACCUCCAUCCUAAGAAAUUCUUGAUGGGUGCUUCAAUGCAUGCAGGACAGAGUGUGACAAACAUUCCAAGCAUCAUUGUAAGUGCCCCCAUUGUGGAAGUGAUGGCUGUUAAUUUGAUGAAUAGUACAUCUUCCCUUAACCAAGCUCUCAUAUCACAUCUCUCCUUCCUGGGCUACACAACGUACACAGAAGCCUUGGUAGACAAAAAUACAAAAGAUUAUGCCUGGGCCUUGAAAUGUGGUGCAGCUGAGCUGAAAAACAAUAUUGUUGUGUGGAAUCUGAGCAGAUGCACAGCACACUCCCAAGAUGAGAGCAGAGAUUCGUAUACAUGUCAGUGUCGAGGUCAGGCAUUAUUUGGUCUUGUCAUGGUUCCAUCAGAAAUCACCAAGCCCCAACUGCCUGACUCAGACUGGGGUUUGACAGUUGUGGCAGGAGUAUGCUGUGUGUUGGCAGUGCUGCUGAUACUGCAGUGCGUGUGGAUCAUGUUUCACUGUUCACGUGCAACUUCUGACCAGCACUGUUUGAACAUGAAAAGGUCUGUUGACAGUUACUUGAAGAGGUUGAGGCACAGAGAAACCUGUAACACACACAGAGGGGUAAACAUAGUGACUAACCAAGAGCAAGAGACACUGGAGUCCAAUUCCAAUGAAGAAUAUUACCUUAAUCCAAGACAUACAGGAUCUCAAUUUUGUAAUAAUUCACAGGCGACUAAUACUAUGUAUAGUUUUCAUAGGGGAAAAUUUGUGCAGUCAAAGGCACAUACUUCAAACAAAUAUGUUGGUAUUCUCCAGAGGAGAAGUAAUAGUCAUUUCAGUCUGCCUUCUGGAUCAAGGAAUGGGAUCCCAGCUGAAAAUGAGAACAGAUUCCUUGAGUCACACAAACCCUUCACUAAAAUUUCCUAUAAUCAAGUACAUGGCUUGCAUCAGGAGCCAAUUCCUUCCUGUAAUGACACAGAUGAUGUUUAUUUGGAUAUGUCUUCAAACUUAAAACAUAAGGAAAUAGUGGAAAGUGGAGGGAGUCUGGAGAAAGUGCACAAAUAUGUAAAUGUACAAGUAAAUGGUGUUCUAGUAAAACAUGAACUUUUACAAAAUGAUGCUUCUCUUCAAGAGGAAAUGCCCAUCACAACAGAAUACAUUACUCCCGAGCUGAUGAACCCAGCUCAUGCUAAAAGCACCAGUGAACUUAAUUCAUACUUGCCAAUGACAGUGAAAAAAGUAUAAAGAAAAAAGGUUAGGUGUAAAGACACACGUGAUCUUUCACUGAUGAAGCAAUAUUAAUUAACUGUAAAGUGAGAUUUAAAAUUGCAAUAUAUAUCAGAUGAGGGGUUAUUAUCUUUAUAGAUAGUAAAACUGCAGUAUUUGUAUAACUGCUUUUCAUUUGGAAAUUUCUUUAUAAGAAAGUGUUAAGAGUAUACUGUAUUGAAAUACAGUAAUAGAAUUAUUUCAUGUGUGAUUUCUUUGUUGCAGUGUGAAAAUUCACAAAUUUUCUGCCCUUAUAAUCUUACUAAGAUAAAUGUCAUUCAGAAAUACUGUGUUAGCCAAAUUUAUAUCUCAUUCAGAUAAAAACUAAAAUGUAGCAUCACUAGUUGUGUAAUGAAAAUAACAGUAUGGUUACUGUGAGAAUGUAAAAAAUGCCUUGUACAAAAAAAGUUACAUAAUUUAUUCCGAACAAUUUGCAGAGAUUAUUAUUGCAUGAACAACCUGGAACUGUGAUAUUCAGAGUUGAUGUAAAACAACAUAAUGAUUUUGAAGUGUUUUCAGAUAAACUUUUAGACUUGUACAAGUGAGUUGAAUCACCUGCAUUAGUAUAUUGUAUUUGUAAAAAUAAUACUAUCAAAACUAAACACUGAACCCACAAGGGUCAUACAGCAAGGUAUAUUGUAUAAAAGCUCAAAUGUGAUUUUUUUUUUUUUAUGAAAUUCAAUAUUGGGAAAUCCUAUUUAUAUAAUACACUAUAUUGAAAGCCUAUUUUUUUUUUUUUCUUCUUGCAUGUUUUUAAACAACAUGCUUACAACAUUCUACAGGCCAGCUUAAUGGUUCAAGCUAAUUAUUCUGGUGUCAGUAUUAAUAAUGCCAAUAAUUUGAAUAAUAACCAGAGUUUAAAAUCUUUUAUUGCUUGAAGACUUUUAAGAGUUAUUUGAAGAUUAUAAUAAUAAGUUGUAGAUUUGCACAUCUUAGUUUGAAAUUAUAAAUUUUUUAAUAGGCUUUUGUUUUCAAAUACAUAUUUGAUUGAAUUUAUUAUGGACAUUUAGCAAAUAUUUGGUCAUAAUUGUCUUGUACAGGACAUCUUAAAUAUAGAUAAUGAAUGUAAUAUUGUACCUUUUAUUUCUUACACAAAGUAAUUAAGUGUACGUAGUGGUAUUUAACACCUUAAAUACAGAGCUUGUCAUUAAAGUACACUGGAUGGAAGUAAUACCACACCCUGGUAGGUUUAUUGAUAAGGCAAAAUUAUGCCAGCCUUGCAACUCAAAGCAAGAUCUCUGUAUUUCCUAAGGCUACUGGCUGCAUAUUGAUUGCAAACAUACCAUACCACGGGCAGGGACAGAACCAGCGAUCAGUCAUAAAACUCCAGACCAACACGCUAGCCACUGGGCCAGCUGGCUACAAUAAGAUUCAUCCAACUAGGUACGUAUAUUUAUACAUCAUAGGAAAGUUAGCAUAGGCACCACUGUGACCACAAACGCAAGUUUUUACAGACAAAUCUCCUGCCAGCGUGGCCAUGACUAACUCUAGCUCAAGUCCCCUCAAAGCCAUUGUCAUGACUACGGUGCAUAAAUAUACCUAGUUGCAUGAAUCUUAUUGUAGCCAGCUGGCCCACUGGCUAGCGCAUCGGUCUGGAGUUUCAAGACACUGAUCGCGGGUUCUAUCCCUGCCCGUGGUAUGUUUUUUUUUUUUUUUUUUUUUUUUUCACCAUGUACUGUUCUGAGCAGCAAUUACUGGCCUUUGCUAAUCAAAAAGAAGCACUAAGCCACAAGGGCUAUACAGCGCUGCAGGGCAGGAAGGAAGUGAGGGCAUCAGGUGGCAAAAGGGAGAUGGAUGAGUAAUAGGUUACGGAGAACAGCGGGGCAGUGGAUGGUGAAAGGGUAAAGGGCAGCAAGAGAAUGAGCUAGAAAGGGCUGAGGGGAGUGCGAAAGGUAUCAUCAGUCGUUGUCAAGAAAUCAAUGAGAGAGAGUCAGGAUUAAAGGAGGGUCCAUCAGCAAGAAGGGAAGGUAAAGAGAGAGUAGUAGAGCGGAGACGACGACGGAGGUAAAUUCUGCGUGCUCGUUGAUAGAGGGCAGUCUAACAGAAUGUGGCUAAUUGAUACGGGAACUUGACACUGCUCACAGAGAGCAACAGGGUGCCUCUCCAUGAGAUACCCAUGAGGAAGACUAGUGUGGCCAAUGCGAAGUCGGGAGAGAGUGGUCUCCCAACCUCGGCACUGAUGACAAGAAGAUGGCCAGUAACCUAUGCUCGGUUUAAUAGAAUGAAGUUUGUUACCAAGCAGAGUUGACCAACGUUGUUGCCAACGGGUGUGAAGGUGGGUAGCUAUCACAGCAAAAUAGUCCAGAAAUGGAACACCUCUAUAUGAAAUUGGUAGGUCAUGUGCUGCUGACCGUGCAUUAUUAUAAUAAUCAAAAAGAAGCGCUAAGCCACAAGGGCUAUACAGCGCUGCAGGGCAGGAAGGAAGCGAGGGCAUCAGGUGGCAAAAGGGAGGUGGAUGAGUAAUAGGUUACGGAUAACAGCGGAGCAGUGGAUGGUGAAAGGGUAAAGGGCAGCCAGAGACUGAGCUAGAAAGGGCUGAGGGGAGUACGUAUGGUAUCAUCAUCAGAGUUUGUGGAGUAAAUCAGUCGUUGUCAAGAAGUCAAUGAGAGAGUCAGGAUUAAAGGAGGGUCCAUCAGCAAGAAGGGAAGGUAAAGAGAGAGUAGUAGAACGAAGACGGCGUUGGAGGUAAAUUCUGCGUGCUCGUUGAUAGAGAGGGCAGUCUAACAGAAUGUGGCUAAUCAAUACAGGAACUUGACACUGCUCACAGAGAGGAACAGGGUGCCUCUCCAUGAGAUAACCAUGAGUAAGACGAGUGUGGCCAAUGCGAAGACGGGAGAGAGUGGUCUCUCAACCACGGCACUGAUGACAAGAAGACGGCCAGUAACCUAUGCUCGGUUUAAUAGAAUGAAGUUUGUUACCAAGCAGAGUUGACCAACGUUGUUGCCAACGGGCGUGAAGGUGGGUAG